UCUCCCAACGUGGAUCCGCGGCUCCCGGAGGAGCCCAGCUCCCGGAUCCCGCGCGCCUGGAGCACCUGGAGUCCGGCCGGCGGCGGCCCCCCGAGCCAGGCCAGCGGCCGCGGCGGGAGAGGCGGGAGCCGAGAGCGCGGCGGCCCGGACCGCGGGCACCGCGGGGGCCCCAGGAGCAGCGGCGGCCGCCGCCGAGAUGUCCCGGCGAAAGCAGAGCAAACCCCGGCAGAUCAAACGGCCGCUAGAAGACGCCAUUGAAGAGGAGGAAGAAGAAUGUCCAUCCGAGGCAACAGACAUCAUCUCCAAGGGGGACUUUCCAUUGGAGGAAAGCUUUUCCACAGAAUUUGGGCCUGAAAAUCUGAGCUGUGAAGAAGUGGAAUACUUUUGUAACAAAGGUGAUGAAGAAGGUGUCCAGGAGACGGCAGAGUCAGAUGGGGACACGCAGCCAGAGAAGCCGGGGCAGCCUGGAGUGGAGACAGGUGACUGGGAUGGACCAGGAGAGCUGGAGGCCUUUCAGAAAGAUGGGGAGCGGAAAAUUCAGAGUCGGCAGCAACUUCCUGUGGGAACAACGUGGGGCCCAUUCGCUGGGAAGAUGGACCUGAAUAACAACUCCUUGAAGACAAAGGCUCAGGCCCCCAUGGUGCUGACUGCUGGUCCCAAGUGGCUGCUGGAUGUGACUUGGCAAGGAGUGGAGGACAACAAAAACAACUGCAUUGUGUACAGCAAAGGGGGUCAGCUUUGGUGCACAACCACGAAGGCCAUCUCUGAGGGUGAAGAGCUAAUUGCCUUUGUGGUGGAUUUUGACUCAAGGCUCCAAGCUGCCAGUCAGAUGUCUCUUACAGAAGGGAUGUACCCUGCCCGCCUGCUGGACUCAAUUCAGUUGCUUCCUCAACAAGCCGCCAUGGCUUCUAUUUUGCCUACAGCUAUUGUCAAUAAGGAUAUAUUCCCUUGCAAGUCCUGUGGCAUCUGGUAUCGGAGUGAGCGGAACCUGCAAGCCCAUUUGAUGUACUAUUGCAGUGGGAGGCAAAGGGAAGCUGCUCCAGUGUCAGAAGAAAGCGAAGACAGUGCUGCUCAGACUUCCAGCCUGUGUCCCUUCCCACAAUGCACCAAGAGUUUCUCAAAUGCCCGAGCUCUAGAAAUGCACCUGAAUUCACACAGUGGAGUGAAAAUGGAAGAAUUCCUCCCCCCGGGUGCUAGUCUGAAAUGCACCGUCUGUAGCUACAACGCGGAUUCUGUGAUCAACUUUCACCAGCACCUGUUCUCCCAUCUCACUCAAGCUGCCUUCCGAUGCACUCACUGCCACUUCGGCUUCCAGACUCAGCGGGAGCUGCUGCAGCACCAGGAGCUGCACGUCCCUGGAGGCAAACUUCCCAGGGAAAGUGACCUGGAGCACUCCCCCAGCGGGACGGAAGACGGCUUACCGCCAGCCGCGGACUUGUUGACCAGAAGCGAACUCCCCCAGAGCCAAAAGGCCAUGCAGACUAAAGAUGCCAGCUCGGACACCGAGCUGGACAAGUGUGAGAAAAAGGCCCCGCUCUUCCUCACGAACCAGAGGCCAGAGAUCCAGCCGACCGCAAAUAAACAGAGCUUUUCUUACACGAAAAUAAAGUCUGAGCCCUCGAGCCCGAGGCUCGCCUCCUCUCCGGUGCAGCCCAAUAUCGGGCCGUCGUUCCCUGUGGGUCCCUUUCUCUCUCAGUUCGCUUUCCCCCAAGAUAUCACCAUGGUCCCUCAAGCUUCAGAGAUCCUAGCCAAGAUGUCCGAGCUGGUCCACCGGCGACUGAGGCACGGAAGCAGCAGCUACCCUCCCGUCAUUUACAGCCCCUUGAUGCCCAAGGGGGCCACCUGCUUUGAGUGCAACAUAACGUUCAACAAUCUGGAUAACUACCUAGUGCACAAAAAACACUACUGCAGCAGCCGAUGGCAGCAGAUGGCCAAGUCCCCCGAGUUCCCCGGCGUUGCGGAAAAGAUGCCUGAGGCCGUGAGUCCCAACGCUGGCCAAACCUCCCUAAACCUCCUCAACCCGGCCGCUCACGCUGCUGAUCCCGAGAACCCGCUUCUCCCAACACCCUGCCUCAGUUCCUCCACGGUGUUAGAUUUAAUUGGGCCCAGUGGGAAGAGCCACCACGACAAGGACUUCUCUGCCCAAGCCAAGAAGCUCUCCACCUCCAGUAGCAACGACGAUAAGAUGAAUGGGAAACCCGUGGAUGCAAAAAACGCCAGUGGCCCCUUAGUGGACGGGGAAAGUGACCCGAAUAAGACCACCUGUGAAGCCUGCAACAUCACCUUCAGCCGGCACGAGACGUACAUGGUCCACAAACAGUACUAUUGUGCCACCCGCCACGACCCGCCGCUCAAGCGAUCUGCCGCCAGCAAAGUGCCUGCCAUGCAGAGAACCAUGCGCACGCGCAAGCGGAGGAAGAUGUACGAGAUGUGCCUACCGGAGCAGGAACAGAGGCCGCCCCUGGUCCAGCAGCGCUUCCUCGACGUAGCCAACCUCAGCAACCCCUGCACCUCCACCCAAGAGCCCCCCGAGGGGCUAGGGGAGUGCUACCACCCGCGCUGUGAUAUCUUCCCGGGAAUCGUCUCCAAGCACUUGGACGCGUCGCUGGCCGUCCACAAGUGCGUCCCGGUUUCCAAAUGCGACGCCGCCCAUUCCAGCGCGUCCUGCCUCGAGAUGGACGUGCCCAUCGAUCUCAGCAAAAAGUGCUUGCCCCAGCCCGAGCGGGCGACCACGUCCCCCAAGAGGCUGCUGGACUACCACGAGUGCACCGUGUGCAAGAUCAGUUUCAAUAAGGUGGAGAACUACCUGGCCCACAAGCAGAACUUCUGCCCGGUCACUGCCCACCCGCGUAACGACCUGGGCCCACUCGACAGCAAGGUGUUUCCCAACCCGGAGAGCGGGCGCAGCAGCCCCGAUGUCGGCUACGACAGGGGCAUCGUCAAGUGCGAGAAGAACGGGAACCCGAAGCAGCCUUCCCCCAACGGGAACGUGUUCUCCUCGCACUUGGCCACCCUGCAGGGCCUGAAAGCCUUCAGCGAAGCCGCCCAGCUCGUGGCGACAAAAGAAGAGAGCAAACACUUGUUUCUGCCGCAAUGCCUUUACCCCGGAGCAAUCAAGAAGGCGAAGGGCGCCGACCAGCUCUCUCCGUAUUACGGGAUCAAGCCGAGCGAUUAUAUCGCUGGCUCGCUCGUCAUCCACAACGCCGCCGACAUCGAGCAAGGCCCGAAUGCAGAAAAUGAAUCUCCCAAGGGCCAGGCUUCCUCCAACGGGUGUGCCGCGCCCAAGAAGGAUGCCCUGCCUUUGCUUCCCAAGAACAGAGGCAUGGUCAUCGUCAAUGGUGGACUGAAGCCGGAGGAGAGACCCGCCGCCGCCAACCCACAGCAGGAGAACAUUGCCCAGAAUCCUCAGCAGGAGGACGGCCACAAAUCUCCCUCUUGGAUCUCGGAGAACCCGAUGGCCGCAAACGAGAACGUAUCCCCGGGAAUGCCCUCCGCGGAGGAACAGUUGUCUAGUAUAGCGAAAGGGGUGAACGGCUCCACCCAGGCUCCCACCAGCGGGAAGUACUGCCGGCUGUGUGACAUCCAGUUCAACAACCUCUCGAACUUCAUAACUCACAAGAAGUUUUACUGCUCGUCACAUGCGGCGGAACACGUCAAGUGAAAUAAACUAGCUCGCUCAGAGGCGUCAGUCCCCUGGGGUACCGUGUUUAGGACGUCGUUCUUCCCAGUCCAGAAAAAGACACACACAACGGGAACAGAAGCUGUGUGAAUUACAUCUGGGCAAUCAGGAUGGCUGAACUGAAGACUGGAGGUGUAAUUUCAUGACAGUCCAUUAGUAACGUGUAUUAUUGGUGCCAUUUUCA